GUGCUGGUGUGUCAUAACCGUUUAUCAGUCUUGUCUCUCCUUGAACCCGUACAUUUCAUAACUUCGUACGAUAUUAUGUGUUGGCCCAACCGGUUCGUGUGACGAUAUUGCCGUGCAGUUGCAAAUUAGGCAUAAUUCCCUUACUAAUAUUUUGUAGUUCGAAAACAGUUGGAAAAUCCACUUACCAUAGCAGGUCCGUAAUAUUUCAGUGCCACAAAAUUAAGAUUAAACCAGACACCAGCAGCAUGGAAUAACUUUGUUUUGAGUCUUCAAGCCAGUCUUGGAUAUGCAGAAUGGCAAAUGCAGCUGUACAGAAGACUGUGAAGAAAGCUCCAAAGGCAGCUGAAUUGUUGCUAGUGUUAAUAUGUGCUCUUUCCCUUCCUUUGUCCAUGAUCAUGUGGAUUGGGAAUCUUGCAUUUUCCUUUUUCACAGGUGGUGCAAAUGCAGUUCACCAUGAAGAUGGCAUUGUAAUCCCUCCAACAAGAUGGCUUGUUUCGAUAGUGACACCAUUUGCAGUUGCAGCAUGGGGCAUUCGCAAGAAGAGUUUAGUUAUCUCUGGUGCUGUCCUUGGCUUCUUUAUUGGAUUUGUGCUGACUCUGACCAGCUACUCGUUUCUUAUCUGUCUCUUGACGUUCUUUGUGACAUCAUCCAAAGUUACAAAGUUCCGAAGUGAGCAGAAACGUAAAAUAGAAGAGGGCUUCAAGGAAGGUGGCCAGAGAACAUGGAUUCAAGUGCUAAGUAAUGGUGGCAUGGCAGCGCAGUUGGCUUUCUUGUACAUGCUAGAUUCAGGCUGUGGGGAGCGACCAGCAAACUUCGUGAAAGAUUAUCGAGCUUCCUGGUUAAGUCUUGGAGUUUUGGGUGCCUUGGCAUGCAGCAGUGGUGAUACUUGGGCUUCAGAACUGGGGACAGUUGUUAGUCAGACAGAGCCAUUCCUCAUAACCAGCAGGCAAAGGGUACCCAAGGGUACUAAUGGAGGUGUAUCCAUUCCUGGUCUUCUGUUCAGUUUAUUGGGUGGAACUGUUGUUGGUCUGUCAUACUAUUUGUCUGUUCUUUACUUCGUUGAUUCAACCGUUCUGGCAGCUAGUCCACCACAGUGGCCCCUGGUGUUUGCAGGAUCUCUUGCUGGCCUUGUUGGAAGCUUGGUGGAUUCCGUCCUUGGAGCAACCCUCCAGUAUUCAGGUAUAGAUGAGCGGACUGGCUGUAUUGUGGAACAUGCUGGGAAAGGUAUUCGCCAUAUCAGUGGGGUACAACUAUUGGACAACCACAGUGUUAACCUGAUCUCCACAGUUGUAUUGGGCCUCUUGACACCUCGCAUUGCCAACCUUCUAUGGCCUUCAUAAGUUAUGAUAAUGGUGGAGAAUGUUAUUAGAGUCUGUUUCUGAUGUUACCCAAAUGUGCAAAGAUGCAGUGCUGAAACUGGUGUCUCUUUUCUGGGAGACUUGCCAGUGUGCAGAUUAUUAUUAUUUUGGGAUCCAUUGCUUAAAAAUGUGGUUAUGGAAGAAUGUACAUGUAUCUGUCUUAUUGGACUAUUGCAAAUUGCAAUGGAUGCAAUAAGAACUGUGAAGUGGAACUAAUAUGGUCUUCUGUUCUUCAUGUGAAAGUCUUUACCUAAUUAGAACUGGAAAUAUUUGUAAGUCCCAUUGUUUCAAAUUAAUUAAUUCUAAACUGUCACUAUUUCUCUUCUUCCUCAUAUUAUGUAUUAUGGUUGCAGCAUUUCAGCAAAAGAGUUAAGUUUUAUUAAUAACAAUUUUUUAAAAUAAUAUUGCAUAUUGUGAAGUAUAUUAUGUGUGUUGUAAAUGGUAGAAAUAAAAUGUGAUAAAACAUU